UCCUCACAAAAAUCAAGCUGUCAGGUAGAUGAGUAAGCCAAGACAGGGAGGAAAAAGAGGAAAAUCCUGCAAAGUUCGCUUUUCCAGCUGCUUGCACGAUAAAACACACAAAAAGGUGUCAAUACUCGGAUUUCCACCGCGUUUCCUGUGCUGUGCAAUUCUCCCCCCAAACCUGCUCGCAAUUGGAGUGAGUCGUUCGAAGAAUCGUAGACGGCCCGAAACUUUACCGACUGUACAUCCACGGCGCUACACGGGUGGUACUGACCGCACCACAGCAAUAUGGCAGGUUUGAACGACAAUCCGUUCGGUGAGCCGGAGAUCGACAAUCCGUUUGCGGAUCCUUCUAUACAGCAGAUCACGAGAAACACUACAAGCUUGCAACAGACCCUCGACGACUACCGACCGUUCGACAAUGAUCGGAAUGUGCUGGGAAACGGUAGUGGCGCUAACCAACCGGCUACACUACAUCCGUCCACACAGUCCCCACCAGUGUACAACCAAAGUGGAGCCCAGUUUCAAACCAACAGCAAUGGUGCGAUGACCGCGAGCGGAAGCAAACCCGACGGUAUGACACAGAUCUCUACCGCGGAGCUAGAGAAUCUUCGGCGUGCCCAGGAAGAGUUGGAGCGCAAAACGCGCGAACUGGAACGCCGGGAGGCGAAUAUGAUGCGUAGCACGAACGGGCAACCAAACAACUGGCCACCGUUGCCAUCGUUCUGCCCGAUGCAACCAUGCUUCUACCACGACAUCAGCCUAGACAUUCCGUCCGAGUUUCAGAAGACGGUGACCCGGCUCUACAAGCUGUGGAUGUUCUACGCGCUCGUGAUGGUGGUAAACAUUCUCGGCGGGCUGGUCAUACUGAUCCAUUCGGGCGAGUUCCGCACGUUCGGGUUAAGCAUCUUCUAUGCCGUGCUGUUUACGCCGGCAUCGUUCCUGUGCUGGUAUCGCCCAGCGUACAAAGCCUUCAAGACGGACUCGAGCUUCAACUUCAUGAUGUUCUUCUUCAUCUUUUCCUUCCAAGCGCUCGUAACCACCAUACAGACGAUCGGGUUUCCCGGUUCGGGCACGUGCGGCAUUAUUAUGGCGGUGGAACAGUUUAGCGCGGGCUGGGGCGUCGUGGUUGGCCUGUUUCUGAUGUGCAUAGCCCUUGCGUACGGCGCCUGUGCUGCCGGCAACAUUUUCAUGCUCACAAAGAUCCAUCAAAUCUACCGUUCCGGUGACAAAAUGACGAUGGGCAAGGCGCGCGAAGAGUUCCAGACCCAGUUUAUGAGCAACUCGAUCGUACGGGAUGCGGCAGCCGGUGCGGCCCGUGCCUCCGUUCAGAGCACCAUGAACAGCCCAUAUUGAACAAAAACCGUACACCGGGCGAUGAACACUCGGCUCCUCGAUUCUCUCCUCUUGUGCGCAACCCAUCCGGCCGGAUAGACACAGAGGCCCGCGGACACACGCGGACCAAGCUUCAACGAACGAGCUCAAACUAGAGAGAGAUACAUGCUGCCCGCGGAUGCGUUGUUGCUUCCCUUUCAAAUAGGAACGUCCUUAAUGGUGUGGUGUGUGGAUGUGUGUUUGCUAUGUAAUCCAACUCUGGCAUGGCUCCCGGUCCAGUUCCCAUAAACCCGUCUAUCGGUGGUACCUUUCUCACUAGUUCAAUGUCCUCUGGCAGCUCGGUAAGGUUCUGUAACCUACCACCUACGAGGAGGUUCGCUCCCUUCCCUCUUACUUCCAAUCCCUGCUGCUGCUGCUGCCAUUUUGUGUUUUGCUUCUCGCCGAUUGGCACUCACCUCACAUACAAUUGGCCACACACUCGGAAUCUCGGGAAUGCUUAUCAGAAAAAAAGGGGGGCAAACUUUGAGGGGAUUUUAGUUUAGCAGUGAACGUAACGACAUUCCCCACUUAUAUUCCCAUCAACGCACCUAACAGUUGCAAACCAAUUGAAUGUGUUUUACUUUUAUGGAUGGAUAGCGAGUAAGAUGAUUACCAUUGCACAUUCAGAGAGCCAAAGUCGUAACUUUCCAUGCGUUUUUUGUUUGGUUUUUUGGUGUAUUGCACUGGUCGCAAGUGUACAACUAUGGUACUAAUAGUAAGAACAGAACAGACACACUCACGUGUGCUAAAGCAAACAGAUUGAUGGAUGUGUUAACCCCCCUAAAAUAACCGAAGUGGCAUGAGCAGCACGUGUCGCGUUCCCGAUCAUUUACACCAUUUGUAAUGGGGCUAGCGGUUACCGCGAUAGUAAUGUAACAAACAAACAACAAAAAUCAAACCAAAAACACAUUCAUUACAUUAUCUUCAAACGUAUUCUUCAACCCACAUUACUUAAUAAUGGCAUUUAGGAAAAAAAAAACAUUACGAAAUCAUUAUUGUGAAUGGGGCAGGAGAAAGUUGUUUAAAAAGGAUGUGAAAUUUAUUGCUGGAUGUAAAAGCGUUCAAAUGCUGCUGCUAAAUACGACGAUUUAAAUGGUGGAAUAAAACUAUUAUCCGUACCCUUGCGUGGCGAGACGAUUCCGAA